AAGUCCUUUGCAACAUUCUAGAGCUGCAGAUAGACAUCCUGUUGAGGCUUCCAGCAAAAAUCCUCCUGCCUGCAAACUUUUAAGAAUUUUUGACUUCCAUAUUGGGAGUGACCCACAGCAGAAAGCUCCAUACGGAGGAAGAGAGAGAAUUGUCCCUCAGCUCUUAAAGUCUGCAGCUCCCGUCAGCAUGAAGGCUCUUCUGGGAAUCUUUCUACUCUCAGUGCUUCUAACUUCAGGGUCCUCAUUGGAGUGUGAAACAUGUGUGGGUCAAGGCACCACCUGCUCUGGGGAAAAACAGACCUGCCCUUCUAGCCAAGAUGGCUGCAUGACUGCUGUGACUGAACUCUCAGUAGGUUCAGCAAAGGUGGCCAGCAUCGUGAAGGGCUGCUUCGGAAAGGCUGCCUGUAAAGAAUUAAAACCUGGAGCCUCUGCGAGCUUUGCAACUCCUGGAUCCACUAUUAAAACUGUUGAAUGUAGCAAAGCCCCAGUAUCAUCCGGAUCCUUCCUCCUGGCUCUGUCUGGUCUUCUGCUCCUGAAGUUACUCUCAUAAGAGUCCUCUCUGCCAGCGGCACAGCCCUGAAAAAUGCUUCCACCUUGCUUCUAUGCAAUGUUCCCUAGAAUCCGUCAUCUGGUCCUUCCAAGAGAUUACUGUCUUCUCCCCCCCUCUAUUUUUAUGUGCAAAUUAGGGCCAAGCUACACAUGACGAAUGACACUUGAACGGCAAGUGGAUUGAGUGGAGGGCAAGUGAACAGGGAGAAAUACACUUGCUGUUCAAGUGUCAUUCGUUAUGUGUAGCUUGGCCCUUAUAUAAUAAAACACGAAGUUCUGUUUCUAUAUGCAUAGUAUAAUAUCGAUUAAACUCAGAACCAGUUAAAUACAGUCUGUAUUUUAAAAAAGAAACUAUGAAGAGAAACAAAACAAGAAAGAACUAUCAAGCCUUCUUAUAGUAUCACACCAGUUGUAAACUUUAACAUCAAUGAGGUUUGUUUCCAAAGGUCAAUAAACGGUCUGCAAAAUUUCA